AUGACCAGCAACGCCCGCGACGUGCCGUCGACGGACCCCAAGGUCUACGAUGAGUACAAGUCGAAAUGGUCGGAUCUUCCGCAUGACGAGGCCGGCUGGUUACAGCGGGCCAAAGAUGUCGCUUCCAUCCUCGCACAGGACGCCGCGCUGCGCGAGAGGGAGAACAAGGCGCCCCGGGCCGAGGUGGCGCUCCUUAAACACUCGGGGCUUCUGAAGGUCCUCGGCUGGAAGAAGUACGGCGGCGGCGAGCAGCCGUGGAGCGUCGGCUACAAGGCCAUCCGCGAAGUUGCCAAAGGCGAUGGCUCAAUCGGAAUGCUCCUCGGCUAUCACCUGCUCUGGUCGACGACCGCCAAUGUCAUCGGGAGCCCGCAGCAGGCGGACCGGUUCCAGAACCUCGUCAUCUCCAACAACUACUUCGUCGGGGGCGCGGUGAACCCCCGCGAUAGCGACCACAAGAUCACCUCGGACGGCGACAAGGUCGUCUUCAACGGCUUCAAGCACUUCAACACGGGCGGCGUCAUCUCGGACCUUACGGUGCUGGAGGGCGUCCUGGAAGGCACCAAAGACCACCUGUACGCCGUCGUGAAGACGGACCAGCCCGGCAUCGUCUUCUCGCACGACUGGGACAACGUCGGGCUGCGGCUCAGCGAGUCCGGCAGCGUCAAGAUCGAGAACGUCACGGCGCCCUGGGCCGACGCGUUGGGGUGGGAUGCGAGCCUGAAAAGGCCCGAUCCCUCGAUUCUCGAAAUCCCGUUUGCGAGUUUGCUCCUGCCUACGAUUCAACUUGUUUUCAGCAACUUCUACAUCGGCAUUGCCUGGGGCGCUUUGGAUUUCGCCUCAGCUUACACCCGGAAGAACACUCGAGCCUGGCCUUUCGGCGGUGAUAACAAGGAGAAGGCGGAAGACGAGUUCUACAUCCUCUCCACCUACGGCAACUUCCUCGCCCACCUGCGCGCCGCCGACGCGCUGGCUGACAGGGCGGGCCUCGAGAUCGACAACCUGUACCGGAACUCGGGGGACCCGUCGGAGCGCGCCAAGGUCACGGCGCGGGCCCGCGGGGAGGCGGCCGAGUGGGUCGCCAGCGUCAAGGUCGCCGCGACGGACACGGGCUUGCGGGUGACGUCCGGCGUCUUCGAGGUCACGGGGGCCAAGGCCACGGCGACGAAGGUCGGCCUCGACAGGUUCUGGAGGGAUAUCCGGACGCACACCCUGCACGAUCCCGUGGCGUACAAGAACCGGGAGCUCGGGCAAUACCAACUCCUGGGUGAGGUCCCCGAGGCCACGUGGUAUACGUGA